CUCUUCAAUUGACAGACCUAGUACGAACCUAAACAGAAUCGUUGGUAACCUUUUGUAAAAGAAAACGCAAUGGUCACUGAACUCAUUUGAAAGGUAAUAAUAAAACAUUGACUUAAUAUUAACUUGUGAAAAUAUGGCAUUCCUUUUUGUAGUUAAAAAGUCUGUACAAACAUGAUGAUAGCAUUAUUUUGGUGCACAACUGAGCUAAAUGAGAUUUGUGCAUGUCAACUGGCAUUUGACCCACUCUUGGUGAGCAAACCGCUCCCACUGUGUCAGUCUUAAUUUUUAACAUUCAAGACACCCUGUACCAAGACUGUUCUUUAUUUUAGUAUAUAUUUACAGCUGUUAACAGCAAAUUACAAUCUCAUUGCAAUUUACUCAGUGACCAUUGUUUUGUUUAAUAGAAGGGUACUGUCGUGACAGUUUUGCCUGUACUGUAUGUACAAACACAGUACCUACUGUGACGCAUGGGAAAUGCUUAUGCACCUUGAAAUCUGCGCGUUUCAAUGAAAUUGAAAGACUAUCAAGGCAUCCUAGAGUGAAAUAUGCUCCCCAGUGUCAGAAAGCUUGGUCUCAGUCACAGGUCCUCUCACAGGAUCAUCAUAACCGAAAACACAAGAAUCGCUAAGAGCAAAAAACUAAUAGUUGAAAGUGACUUGUGAGCCCUGAUUUAAAUCCUAUUGAACAUCAGUGGAAGGAGCAAAAACAUGCAGUCGAAGUGUAUGAAAUGGUAGAAAGUCAAAUACAGCAUUGAAGUAAUGAAGGCUUCCACGGAAGUCGUGUCGGACAGCCCAACGAGAAGUUUAGUCUUAUUUAAAACAGGACAGAUCUAUGUGGACUUGUAUAGGGAAGUCAGAUUCAAGCCAUGUAGGACAGUGAUAGUCACGUACGACAGUCUAAAUUGUAUCUAGGGGAAAAUAUCAACGGCAGUAAUGUAGAAGGUGCACACUAAAGUCAAAUAUUGAAGUGAGUAUGGGCGUCUUGACAUUGAGGACGUGGCCUGUCCUGUGACGGCCAUCUUGAAGACAAGACAUGCAGUAUAAACUUGAAUGAAAGUCAUAUAAGCCGUCAUAUAUUGAAACAAUGGAGCGCAGCUCAUAUAAGUCACGUAAAACAGUCUUGCUAGUUAUUUCAGGAGCUCUGCUUUCGAAGCAGAAAGAGUGGGUCGCUUUGGAAGCUACAGUUUAUUUUUGGUAUCUGACAUUAGAGCUCAUGUCCUGACGGCGACCCCGCAAAGCUGUGGCAGCGUCGCUGUCCGCCGGUUGUUCGCACGCUUCCUUCCAAAUGAUGGAUAGUCUUUAAUAGGAGGGACUGCGAGACGGAACGCGUGUAGAAGCAUAGCGCUGUUGUGUCGAUCACUCCAUCAUGACCAAAGAGGAGGAGAUCCCCGACUGGGUGGGUGCCCAGGAGUUCUACGAAAAGUAUGAGCCCAAGGAGAUUCUGGGACGGGGAGUAAGCAGUGUGGUGCGCCGCUGCGUGGACAAACGGACGUCUCAGGAGUACGCCGUGAAGAUCAUUGACGUCACCCCCUCGGACAAGAUGACCCAGCAGGAGAUUGAGGAGAUCAGGGACUCUACAGUGAAAGAGAUUGACAUCCUCAAGAAAGUCUUCGGACAGGAAAAUAUUAUACAGCUAAAAGAUUGCUACGAAUCCAAUGUAUUCUUCUUCCUGGUUUUUGACCUGAUGAGAAAGGGUGAACUUUUUGACUACCUCACAGAGAAAGUAACCCUGAGUGAGAAGGAAACAAGGAACAUCAUGCGUGCUCUGCUGGAUGUGGUUCGUUUUCUCCAUGACCAGAACAUAGUCCAUCGAGAUCUCAAGCCUGAAAACAUCCUUUUGGAUGACCAGAUGAACAUCAAACUCACAGACUUUGGCUUUGCCGUGCAAAUCCAGUCAGGACAGAAGCUUAAAGAAGUGUGUGGGACUCCUGUUUAUCUUGCUCCCGAGAUCAUCCAGUGCUCCAUGGACUCUGGAAAUGAAGGAUACGGAACGGCUGUGGACAUAUGGAGCGCGGGUGUGAUCAUGUACACACUCCUGGCUGGCUCCCCACCCUUCUGGCACAGGAAACAAAUGCUGAUGCUGCGUAUGAUCUUAACUGGAAAUUACAGGUUCUCAUCCCCUGAAUGGGACGACCGCUCUGACACGGUCAAAGAUUUGAUCACUCGGAUGCUUGUCGUGGACCCGAAGCAGCGUUACACAGCCGUCGACGUGCUUAACCAUCCGUUCUUCUCCCAGUAUGUGGUAGACGAAGUCCGACAACUGAGUCCGUACAGAAAAUUCAAGGUCAUCUGUCUCACGGUACUUGCCACCAUGCGCAUCUACUGCAGCUACCGCAGAGUAAAGCCCGUCACCAAGGAGGUGAUCAAGAGUGACCCGUACGCGGUCAAGCCCAUUCGCAAGCUCAUUGACGCGUGCGCCUUCAAGAUCUACGGCCACUGGGUCAAGAAGGGCCAGACACAGAACAGAGCGGCACUUUUCGAGAACACUCCCAAGGCCAUCCUGCUAUCCAUAGUGGCAGAGGCGGACGAGCCAGUUCAGCACAUCUGGUAAUCAACGGCUGGUAAAUGGUGGGGCACUAACCACAUCAAUCGGCUAACAUUAGCUCCCCCAAAAAUUAAUAUGUAUACAUUUUUAGUUAGCUUGCAUACGCAAAUAAUGGUAAACAAAAAUGUAUUGAUUCUUUUUCAUGGUCACCUCAUGUGUAAAUGGAAUUGACAAAAAUGCUAAGUAUCUUUUUUUACACAUCCUCUAUUAACUCGCUACCCAUGUUUCACUACAUUUUGUACAGAAAAACAGCACCAUCUGCUUGAGCUGGUGAGACACUGCACCAUAUCGAUAGUGUAGUCAUUGCUGUGGUUUAUUUUACAAGACAACAUGCAUGUGGUUUACUAAACUAUGUAACCAAGUAUAUGACAUUUGCUGGGGAGAAAUAAAAAGUGUUCACUAUGCAUCUU